AUGGGGCAGGCAACUCCGUUUCAGAAGGAGGCUUGGACGGAAUACGGCAUCGGGGUUCUCAUCAUUCUGGGUCGAAUCUUUGCACGAUGGAAGGUGGUUGGAGUGAAGAACUGGCAGGGUGAUGAUUACUUUGCCAUCGCCGCAUUGCUCUUUUGGACCGCCGAACUCACCAUGUUGGAACUCAUCGGCCAACAUGGUGCCAACAUUGGCCUCACUGAUGCUCAGCGAGCCGCCAUGACCCCAGAGCAGGUCGAGAGUCUUGUCAUUGGCUCCAAAUGCCUGCUUGCUGGAUGGACCUGCUAUGUGACCCUCAUCUGGUGUCUCAAGGCCUGCAUGUUGUUCUUCUACAACCGCUUGACACUGGGUCUCAUGCAGCAGAAGCUCGUCAAGAUCAACGCUGUGCUGUGCCUGUGUUCCUACGUCGCGGUUAUCUUCACCAUCUUCUUCCAUUGCUUCCCGAUACAGAAGCAUUGGCAGAUAUACCCGGAUCCAGGAGAAACCUGCACCGUCGACCGAAUCAACUACAUCGUCCUCGCCGUAACCAACGUCUCAACGGAUGCCGUACUUGUCUCGAUUCCGAUUCCCCUGCUAGCAAAAGUUCGCUUAGCAUUGCGCCGAAAACUCGUCAUCGGCGUCCUCCUCUGCGGCGGUGUGUUCGUCAUGUGCGCAGCCCUCCUCCGCUGCGUCCUCUCCCUGCAGAGCAUCAACAGCAUCAAUACCAGCACUAUCUGGGCCAUCCGCGAGACCUUCGUUGCACUCAUCGCCGUCAACGCCCCCUGCAUCAAACCCCUCUUCAGCAGCUCCGUCUGGCUCGGCUCCUCCAAGGACCCUUCCUCCAAGAACGCCCAUCGCUACGGCGCGAGCGGCAGCUACUCCCUCUCCGUCUUCGGCAAAUCCAAACCCGAUCCCCUCACAUCGCAACGGAGUAAGCUGGGCGAUCACGCCAGCGACGAGUUCAUCCUUCGUGAGCAGAGUGGGCCGACCUAUGUGAAUGAUGUUAGCGGUGGUCACGGCCAGCACGUGGAUGAAGAGUCGGGCAAGUUCUCCGCGGAAGGGAUACAGGUUACAACUAUUUACGAGGUGAAAACUGGGAGGGCUUAG